AUGCGAGUUAGCUUUCUGGAGGAACGCAUCGCUUCACUGACCUCUCCUGGCGAAAUCACGUUUGACAACUCCCUGGGUGACUCCAAGGACGGACGCAACACUGACGCGUUCGAUGUCAGCGCUGACGACUUCACCAUCUCUUCCUGCGUGGUCCACAACCAGGACGACUGCCUCGCGCUCAACGCGGGGAACAACGUCCUCAUCGAGGACACCACCUGCGAUGGCGGACACGGCAUCUCCAUCGGCUCCAUGGCCUCGGGCAAGUCUGUCACGAACUUCAAGGCCGCCCGCAACACGAUCACGAACAGCAUGUACGGGCUGCGCAUCAAGGUGCAAAAGUCCGCGACGGGCGCCAAGGUCGCUGGGGUAACCUACGAGGCUAACAAGAUCUCCGGGAUCUCGUCAUACGGCGUGCUGAUCACCCAGAGCUACCCCGCCAACAACGGCACCCCUGGCAAGGGCGGACCCAUCUCCGACGUCCAGUUCAUCGGCGGAACGACGACCGUCGCCACGACCAGCAGCGCUUAUGGUCUGGUCAUCGACUGCGGCGCAUGCACCGGUACCUGGGACUUCUCCGGCCUCGACAUCACGUCCAGCGGCAAGGGACACUCGAUCCAACUUGACAAUGCCAAACUCUCCGGAGGUCACUACUGAUCUGAAUGGGAGUGUAUAUCCUAAUCUCAACCAUAGUACUUCGCUCUCAUGCUGCAGUGGCAGCGAAGAACUGUACCAAUAUAAUUUCUUCUGUUUUCGAAAGCGUAGAUGGCUUGGACUGUGACAACGUUAACGGUCGCUUGGCAGUCAGCGCUUUGACUGCAGAGUGAAGGCGAC